AGGGGAGAGGGCUGGGCCGGGCUCCCUUGUUGCCAGGCUGGAGCGUGCCAAGGCGAAGGCGCCACCUCUGGCGCUCAAUCGGCCGCCGGCCCGCCUCCCCUCGGCUCUCUCCUCCCCAGAGAGGCGGCCAGGCUCCCCUCGAAGGGCGGCUCAGAUCGAGCCCAGCCAGCCGGCCGAGCAAGUGCCAUGCAAAGCCGCGGCGGCAGGCAGGCCUGCGGCAGCCUGUGCCCCAACAGGGUGCAGGAUCUGGCCGAGCGGCUGGGCAAAAAGCCGGGCAGUAAAGCAGAGAGAAAGGUGCCACGGAAUAGCAACCUCAGAUGCAACCCAAUAGCCAUUUAUAACGACCCACCUCCGGAUUCUGUAGAUCUAGCGUUGUCGACCAUCGAUUGGCAAGACUUAGCCGACUGCACGGGCGUCUUUCAGCAGGAAGUUUCUAGAGGCGCUGCAACAACCCAGCAGAGCACGUGCUUGCAACCCGAGCCAGAGUUUGAUUUCCAGGAGUUUCGCGAUGCCGUGGAUAACUUCAUAUCGGAUCCAUCCUCUCUGAUGCCACCUCUGCUGGACUGCGCUGAUUUCCCUUUCCCUGUGGAUGAUGGAAGAUCCUUCAGCCCUUGCUUUCGUCAGCCUGCAGAGGACGAUUCUGCCUCUCAGAUGAAUGCAGAAAACAUCUCUUCCACUGAGCAGUACUGGAAAGACUUAGCAAAUCAGAACCAGAAAGCUCUAGGGGAUGCACUUGUGGAAAACAACCAGCUCCAAGUGACAUUGACCCAAAAGCAGGAGGAAAUUGCCUCCCUGAAGGAAAGAAAUAUCCAACUGAAGGAACUGGCCAGCCAAGCGAAGCAGCUUGCCUCUGUGCUGGAUAAGCUGAUGAUCCCACAGUGCAAAGACAGCGCAGACCUCUCCCUUGCCAAUGGCCCCAACAAGAGGAGCCUCAAGCAGGUGACCAUCGCUGAGCAAGAGGAGGAGGAGAUGGAAGUGAACGAAAUUUUGCGGGAAAUAUCAGACAGAUGCAAUGCAGCCUUGCAGUCUGCUGAUGACAAGAGAAGCCCAAAGCGCCCUCGGGGAGAGAACGAAAGAAUCCACAUGUAUGGUGCUUUCCAGGGCUUGCAGACAUGCAGCAGCCACAGUUCCCUGGACCUCCGUGGCAGUGAACUUGAGGAAGGGGUGUCCUUCACGACAGCCAUCAAUGAGCAUUGUAACAUUAGGACGCUGGCCUUCCCCCAAGGCAAUGCGUUUCUGGUCAGGACAGCCACUGGGGGUCACAAGUUUAGAUGGGUUCCCAGGUGAUGAAAGAAGGAUGCAAUCAGCCGACUACACUUGCCUCUCUUUCCAGUGACUUCCUGCCAAAGAACAGCUCAUCUUCCUGCGUAGUGCUGCUUCCACCAAGGCAUUUCAGGCGGGGUCUACUGCUGACAGCUGACUGAUGUCAACCAGAGUUGCUAAUAUUUAGCUGGAAGCCCAGACAUCUGUUUAAAAUAGACAAACACAGAGCACUCUCUCUCUACACACACACCCUUUAAGUAAGCUGAUGCCAAACUUCUUGUUACUAAUCACAUUUUCUGUUUUGGAUUCCUGGCCCAUGAUUGCACUCCAGAGAGCCAGUGUGGUGUAGUGGUUAAGAGCGGGAGUCUCGUAAUCUGGUGAACCAGGUUUGCGUC